AUGGAUUGUGAGGUACUCUCUGGUAGCAAUAACUGCCAGGGCACUCAGGAGUGUAACGAGCAGGACGCGGGCCCUGCCUCGUUCUUCAACCUCAAUUCUUUCAGGCAAUUGAAUUCAAACAUCGACUGGGCAACAAGAAAUGCCAACGAUUUCGACACUGUGAAGGAUUUUGUCAAUGACAUGACAUAUCAAUGCGUGGCUCUGGCUAAAGACAUACUGGCGAGUAGCAGCGAGGAACUGACAGCUGGUGCGAUGAUCACUGCGUUGCGGAACUCACUCACCAACUACGCGGCGACCAUUUGGAGUGGCGACGACACUCCUACUAAGUUUCUUACGAAGAUCUUGGCAAGUUGGAAGCUGAUUUCGCCUGAAUUGAAAACAAUAAGUACCGACGAGCUGUCAGGCGGAUUCGAGAGGCCACUCUACUCAUUAUUAAUCCCUAUGGCCUGA